GUGAAAUGCAAAAACGGCCGUGUACCGUGCAUUGGGUGCACGUUAAAGAACCCCAGGCAGUCAAAAUUAAUGCUAAUGCGGAGUUAUUCACUACGGCUUGCCUCAUAAUCAAAUCGUGGUUUUGGCACGUAAAGUCCCAAACUUUAAUUUUUUUUUUUUUUAUAACGGGGAUGUGAUGAUGAACAAUGCAGAUGAAGUGGUGUCCUGUGUUACAUGCAUUCCUGGGGUAACCUUGGGCUGGCUUGCUGUUUGCUAAAGGCUUUUAUGCAUACAAAGUUCAUAGCCCAAUAAAGUUAAGAUGUCAAUUUUCUUUCUUUUUAUUUCGACUCUGUUCAAGUUGUCUCUUGCAAGCUGGGGCUCGCAUGUUCUAUCCUUGCAAAAUAUCCCCUUUAUGCCGGCCGUCACUGCAGCUGUACGGGUGCAUUCAGAUGUCAUUGCAUAAGAAGUGUCCUUGAGCUGUACUAAACAUCAGUGGACAGCACCAAUGGAUGAGGCAGGGAUCGCUGUACACUCGUAUGCAUCUCCUGUAGUAGGUGGCAUGCUUUGUACUUUGAGGCCCGCUUCAUUUCCUUUUUUGAAAUAUUUAACUGCGAGCUAGCGACAAUGAAACAAAGUGGUUUGUCUUCAUGCUUCGUUUUCCUGGUGGCACUCUGGAGAUUAAGUGGCUGCGUUAAAGAGCCGCUGUUUCAGCAGAACUGCAGCUGUGGCCUGGAAAAUGCCGUGCAGUCGAGAAUACUGGGCGGAGAGGAGACUAGGCCCCCUCAUCGGUUUCCUUGGAUGGUUGCCCUGGUGGACGAAGAAGAAAAACUGGUGGGAGGAGGAUCGCUGAUUGGCAAUCGACACGUGCUCACGGCCGCGCACUGCUGCUCAGAGCGCCGGGAGCAGAAGCUGCGAGUGGUGCUUGGCGGCCACCGGAUAUCGUCGACGCCGCUGCCGGUGGCGGUCGUCGCGUGCGUGACGCACCCGAACUACCGGGGCGUCGCGUACGUGCACGACAUCGCCCUGCUCGUGCUGGCCGAGCCCGUGGUCUUCCACGACUUCGUCUCGCCCCUGUGCGUCGAGACCGAGGACACGCCGCUUAAUGACCGCGAGCUGUUCACCGUCAUCGGUUGGGGACGCGUCGCCGAGGUGAGCCAGACGAGCGACGUGCUGAAGCUGGCCAAGAUCCCGAUCAUGAGCCUGGCGCUGUGCAAGGAGCGGCUGGGCGAAGACAUCCUCGACACCAACCUCUGUGCAGGCGGAAACAAGGAAGACACCUGCCAAGGUGACAGCGGUGGUCCGCUGAUGCUCAGGAGAGCCGACGGUCGCUGGCUGCAGGUGGGCGUGGUCUCCUGGGGCAUCGGCUGCGGUCGGCCGGGAUACCCGGGCAUCUACACGCGCGUGUCCAGGUACACUCAGUUCAUCCGGAACGUGACCAAGGGCAGGCUGUGCAGCCAGGCUGACGACACUCGCAGCCUGGAGCUGGACAACGCCAUCAGACCGCUCAGGAAGCCGAACCUCAACUCUUGCGGAGUGGCCGGUCGCUACGGACACGGCCGAAUCGUCGGCGGGUCUCAGGUCUUUGCCCACAAGUUUCCAUGGCUGGCUGCUAUCAUGUUUCGAGGCAACCUGUCCGGCUCCGCGGCCUACAUCGGCAACGGCUACGUGCUGACGGCAGCAGGGGUGAUCGGAAAUGAGGCGCUGUCGCAUCCGGAGCGCCUGCAGGUCCUCCUGGGCGUGCACGACCUGAGUCGGCCGCAGCAGCACAGCGUGGCGCACAACGUGAGCCGCGUGCUGGUGCACCCGGCGUACAAGCACCCGUACUACGACGCCGCGCUGCUGCGGCUCAGGGGCGUGGCGCCCGCCGACGAGGGUGCCGAGCACGUGCGGCCCAUCUGCCUGCCUCAGACCACGGACCGAUACAUGCCCGGCACCAAGACGCUCGUGGCCGGCUGGGGACGCGUGCACACCUACGGGCCGAUUAGCUCGACUCCCAACGAGGUGUACUUGAACGUGGUGCGGAGCGAGGAGUGCAGCCGUCGCUACAACGACAGCUCCGUUCAGGGGCUCAUCUGCGCCGGCGCCAAGGGAAGGGACAUCUGCGACGGAGACGCCGGUGGCCCCCUGAUGCAGUUCUACGCGGGCCGCUACUACGCGGCUGCCAUCGCCGGAUCCGGCCUCGCGGGAGGCUGCGCUCAGGAGGGCGUGCCGGCAGUGUUCACCCGUGUCGGUACGCUGCUCAAGUGGAUACAGAAGACCACUGGCCUGAGGACGCUUUAGCGCCGAGAUACGCUGCCUUCCACGUUAUCGUCUCGCACCUGGUCUCCCUCUACAGAUCACCUCAUUACCCGUGGCACUUAAAGGGACACUAAAGUCAAACGCCCUAGACCAGUUUACGCUGAUAAAGUAUUCUUUCAAAUCUCGA